CCCGCGGGUGGCUCGUAUCGUCCAACCCCGCCAAGUCGAAACACUUCGAAACCCGACGAAGGUUUUGUCGAGGCGCUCGCUCCCCGCAGUUCGCCUCGAGAAACACAGCUGUGUGAACGUGUGAAGAAGAAAAGGAGCUGUCGACGUCGGGUCCCGCGACAUGGAGGAGGAUCUGUACGCGAUGCUGGGGGUGAGCAGAAGCGCGAACGGCGACGAGAUUCGCCGCGCGUACCGCAAGCUCGCCGUGCGGUGGCACCCCGACAAGAACCCCGACGAUAAGGAGCGCGCGGAGGCGAUGUUCAAGAAGGUUGCCGCCGCGUACGAGAUCCUCAGCGACGACGACAAGCGCGCGGCGUACGACCGGUACGGCAUCGAGGGCGUCGAGGGCGCCGCAUCCGGCGAUGGAGGAGGAUUUGGAGCCUUCUAUCCCCGCGGCGGGGGCUCCUCGUCGCGCUCGCGCGGCGGCGGAGGGUACCAGCCCCCGGGCGGGUUCUACCACGACCCGUUCGAGAUCUUCCGCGAGGUCUUCGGCGGGCGCGACCCCUUCGACGAUUUCUUCGGAGACGUGGACCCGUUCGCGGGUCGCGGAGGUGGUCCCGGGUACAUGGACGACGGCCGCGGCGGGGGCGCGGGGCGAUCCGGAGGGAUACAUUCCAGGCGCCGGGACCCGUUUGGGGAUGAUCCGUUUUUCCGCGGCGGCGCCAUGGGUUCGAUGAGCGCGUUCGGCGGGGGCGGCGGGCUCUUCGGGGGCGCGGGGAGCAUGUUCGACCGGAUGGACCGCAUGAUGGACGCGCACCACAACGCCAUGGGCGGCGGCGGCUCCUUCCACUCCAGCUUCUCGUCGAGCGGGGGCAGCCUCGGCGCCGCCGCCGGCGGCUACAGCAAGAGCACGCAGUCGCAGACGGUCAUCGUCAACGGGCAGCGCGUGACGAAGACGACCACGACCAUUCGGCACGGCGACGGACGCGAGGAGACGUUCACGGAGGAGCACCGGGACGAUAACGUGGGCGGGAACGGGGGCUACCUGGGCGGAGGGCAGCCUCGGGCCGGCAGCCGCGGGUACCUGUCCAACUGGUGACUCAAACCGAGGGCGAGACACGCGACCCGACGCAAACUGUUCUUCGACGACCCACGUGUUCACGUUAUAUGAUAGCCCCGAGACAUUCUUUCGAUUGUACAGCGUCAGAUCAAAUCAUAUC